UUGGGAUAUCUGUUCCACCGUUAGUAGAAUAUCUAAAGGGCAUUUUACGAGAAUAUAGUGAUGGUCAAAUAUUGAAGGAGCUCGUUCAGAACGCAGAGGAUGCAGGUGCGGAUACUGUCAAAUUCCUGUAUGACAUGAGGCAGCAUGGUACCAAGACGCUCUACAAAGAUUCCCUACAACCUUACCAAGGACCGGCUGUCUAUUCCUUCAACAAUGCCAAGUUCAAGAAAGCUGACUGGGAAGGGAUUCAACAACCAGCCCGCAGCAGGAAGAAGACAGAUCCUUUGAAGGUUGGACGAUUCGGCAUUGGAUUCAAUUCUGUAUACCACAUAACAGAUUUACCGAGCAUCAUGAGCGACCAAGGACUGGCUUUCAUCGAUCCAUUGGAGGAACACUUCUUUGAUAGUAAAGGACGAGUCAUGACUGGAUGCCGAUUUUCUCUGAGAUCAGACAGGGAAAUUUUUUCAAAGUGUCAUGACCAGUUUCAACCCUACAACGAUGUAUUUCCUGGAGUGACGGGAGGGAUUUCAUCGGGAUAUUUUGAUGGCACUUUGUUUCGGUUUCCUCUGCGUCAAGAGGCAAAUGAAUUGAGCGAUAAAAUCUAUCAACAAGAAGACACACUAGACGAGGUGUUACAGGCCUUCCAAGCAGAUGCUCAUGUGACUAUGCUGUUUCUGCGCUCCUUGAAUAACAUUGAGGUGUUGAAGAGAUCCCCUGAUUACCAAGACCUGUCACUGAUUGUAAGAGUUCAACGGGAACAUGAUCAAGAAGCGCAUCCUCCUGGAGCGGACAUUACCUCAUUACUUCAAUCCUACAUCUCUAAUACCAGUGGGUGCCGAGAGUCUAUAAAGUUCACUGAUUGUGUAACAUUUACUACAGAAACACAGAAUGAGUCUAAGAGAGAGCACUGGGUUGUUAGCCAUCACAUCGCUGGUGACAGCAUGUCUCAAGCGCUUACUGACCUGGCUGGGAAGCAAGGUCAUCUGCCAUGGGUAGCUGUUGCCAUCCCCAUGAGUUCUUCAGAGACAAGCAAUGUAGCAGAUGAAGCAGAGAACAACGAUGGCAGAGUGUUCUGUUUUCUUCCCUUGCCACCUGGUGAAGAGAGUCGCACAGGGUUACCAGUUCAUGUGCAUGGAUUCUUUGGUAUCAAUAGUGAUCGCCGGGGGAUAAAGUGGAUUGGACCAGACCAAACAGACACUCCGGCACAAUGGAACCAACUUCUUGUUAGAGAACUGAUUCCCAUGGUUUACGUUGAUGCUAUCAAAUUUACCAUUGAUGUGCAGAAAUCUAGGGAAACCUUGACUGCUGAUUGCAUCUAUCGUUCAUGGCCAGACUAUGAAGAGGUUCGUGGCAACUGGGGUAUUCUCUUGGAACCCUUCUACAAUGCACUGUUCAGUGAAUCGAUCAUACAUAGCGAUAACAGUGGAUGGAAGAACAUUGCUGAUGUCCACUUCAAUGAGCUGCAAGUAGACGAAGAGACAGAACAGGCAAUCCUCAAAUGCUUCAACUUCAAAGGCAUAGCACAUGCAAGGGUCCCAAGCGUAUGCAGAAAGGCCAUCAGGAAGUAUUACCAUCUUCAGAUAUCCACUGUUUCUGUCUCCAGCCUUUGCCGUUGCCUCCACGAUGAUCCAGCUAUUUUGGAAAGGUUGACUAAUGAUGAGAAGCUUCUAAUCCUGCAGUUCAUCUUGCAGGAGGGUGCCAUGCAAGACUUGGAGGGGUUAUGUCUUCUUCCCCUUGAUAAUGGAGGCUUUGAUGUGUUCUCAAGUUCUUGUGAAAGAAGAGUGUACAUUCCAACCCCUGAGUUCCAUCGACAUCUUGUUCCAGGUGGAUGUGAUCAUUUCAUCAGAACGAUACAAAAGGAACUUCCACUCCACCAACUCCUAUCAAAUAUGAGUGGACAUUACCAGCUGGAAACUUUAACCAUCGACAUGGUAGCAGAGCUCUUGAAGACUCUGGAGAGAUCUUGGAUAGAUGAUCAAGGAAUCUGGGUACAUGAACCCCAAGAGCCUACCCUCAAUACUUGGCUUGAAGAAGUCUGGUCGAUGCUUUACAGGGAAAGUCCAAGUGAGUUACAACUCUUUAAUGGUAUCCAUCUAUUACCAUUGUUUGCAGAUGAUAGUGACUCCAGGAGACUUCUUCCACUUUAUUCCAAGUCAAGGGUUAUCCAGAGAUGCUACAGUACGGCUGAUGGCAAAGUCGGAUUGACAGAUAAUGUUGAAAACAUUCUGCAUGAUAUUGGAAUGAGAGUCACAGAUUGUCCUGGUUAUAUUCUCCGCCAUCCAGCUGUCAUUCUGGAUGGAUAUAUCAAGAUGCCAACACCUGAUGGGGUAGUUCAAUGUCUUUUGCUUUCUGAUGAGAAGUUACUGAUCCCAAAGCUCCGUUCAUUCUCUGCCAGUUAUAGAGAUCCCCUUGUAGAAUAUCUUGCACAAGCGAAGCUUGGUGAUAAUGGGAAGGAACUUCUGAAGCACCUUCCAUUGUUUAAGAGAGUAGAUGGAACUGGCCAGUCAAACAAACAUUCAUUUAGUGUAGAAGAAUCCUUGGGAUAUAUUGAAUGCAAUCAGGUAGAUAUUCCUAACCCAUUGAAGUUGACAGGGCUAUUGAUUGAUGGAAGGGCAAAAUCAAACCAAUGUUUACUACAAAAGUUAGAAGCUUGUCCACUUUCAAAGUAUCAAGUCAUAGUGAAUGUUUUGGAAGAAAUUUGUAAAGGGCACCUUUACACACAACAUGAAAGACAAGUAGCUUUGCAAUGGAUUAUGGAACGAUGGGAAGAUGUCAAGAUAAACUGCAAAUCAAUAGUGGGUAUUCUCCGUGAAAUGAAAUUCAUCCCCAAUAAGAAUGCAUCGUUGGUUAGUCCUUCAGAGCUACUUGAUCCACGAGACCCAUUGAUCUACAAACUGUUUGAAUCCCAAGGAGUAUUUCCAGUGGAUCCAUUUGAUUCACCUCAGAUUGUAGAGGCUUUCAGUCAGCUUGGCAUGCGUGGGCAGAGUGGGGUCUCUUCAUCCGAGUUGAUUGCAUGUGUUGACAUGAUUGAGGAAUCACAGAGCCCUGACAAGUCUCACUUGCUACUAGAACUCCUUAGCUAUAACCCGGAUCUUCUCAGCACUUCUGUCAUUGAUCAUAUGAAACGAAAAGAAUGCAUUCCUUGCAGACAGUCGCCUCCAGAAUACUAUCCUUCAGCUAUUAAAUGGUAUGGUAAUUCUACUUCAAGAUUGUCGACCCCCACUGAAAUCCUUAGGGAGGGGAAGUCAGUAGUCCUAAUAUGUGGAGCUUCUAAACGCUUUUCUGCUCAUGAGGAUUGGAGUCGCUUCUCUGCUGUCUUUUCUAAGCUUGGAAUAAAUGCCCCAUCUCCUCUUCUAGCAGAAGUUGUAAAACAGUUAGAGUAUUGUGUUAAUCACACAGAAGACAGAACUGGGGAAGAUGCUUCUGAUAUUGUACCGAUGCUGAAAGAGAUUUAUUCGUUUUUCAUGCAAGAAAUGCACCAGGACGUUAACAUUAAGGAUGUUAUCCUGAAUCAAGUCAAGUCAUGUAUCUGGAAUGGAAAUGGCUUUUCAGAGCCAAGCAGAAUGUGUACAGGAAAACUUCCUUUCGAUUUGUACCCUUACAUGGUUUCUAUUCCGAAAGCCACAUCUGCAUUUGGAGAGUUAUUUCAAGUGCUAGGAGUUCAAACAGACAUGAUGGCAAAUUCGUGUGCCCUGGUUGACAUCUUGUACGAAAUCAAGGAAAGAUGUGAAGAUAAUGAAAUCGAUGAGGUCUUUCAACAGGGACAACUCCAACUUGUAUUACAAAUCCUGAACCAUUUACAAGCUGUUGGAGAUCUCUCAGAAGAUGCGAGGUCGCGACUACUUGUUCCAUCGCAAAGAGGGAAAUGCCAUCUUAUUCCUGUUGAGAAAGGUGCAUAUGUGGACAGAGACUGGUUAAGACAAAGCACUGACACAGAGGAUUUAGAUGAUGAUGAAGAUUUCACUUUGGUCCAUUCAAAUAUUUCUAUGAACCUUGCAAUAUUUCUCGAUAUACGUCCUGUCAGUCGACUUCUUCUAGAUUCAGAAGAAUUGCAUGGUUUCACACAAGCUGGGCAGCAUGAACCACUGACUAUCCGUUUAUGCAAUAUCCUUAAGAACAACUACACCAACACUUCAAUAGCUAAUGAGAUGAUUCAGAAUGCGGAGGAUGCGGGAGCUCAAGAAGUUCGCUUUCUCAUUGAUAUGAGAACAAAUGAGAAUGCACACAAAAAAUUGUUUGAUCCCGGAAUGAAGCCUUGUCAAGGACCAGCACUGUGGGUAUACAAUGAUUCAGUAUUUUCAGAUCAAGACCUAGAGAAUAUUCUCCAUCUUGGUGGGCGUACUAAGGAAAGGGAUACUGAAAAGAUUGGAAAGUUUGGGACUGGCUUCAACUCUGUGUACCACGUAACUGAUGUUCCUAGUUUUGUUAGUAGGGACUUUGUGCAGUUUUUCGAUCCUCAUACUACACACCUUGGAAAUGUUCUCCCAAACAAGAGUCAACCUGGUGUGCGACUGAGAUUGAAUAACACCAAAGCACUCCGGAGAUUUCCAGAUCAGUUCAAACCAUUCGAUGGGGUAUUUGACCUUACUUUCAAAGGAGGAAAUGAACCAUUCAAUUACCAAGGAACAUUGUUCAGGCUGCCCCUCCGUUCACAAGAAGCUGCUCAGAAAAGUCAAAUAUGCAAGGAGUGUUAUGAUGGAGAGAAACUUGUUAACCUGAUGAAACAAAUGUGUGAAACAUCUCACAACCUCUUGGUGUUCACCAAAAAUGUGAAGAAGGUUUCUCUGUUCUACCUCUCCGAGAAUGCUUCCCAUCCUACCCAAGCUGAAGAGCUACUCACCAUCCAGAAGAGUAUAUCGCCGAUGAGGACAGAAGAUGAUAAUACCAUAAUGUCAACCGAGUCAUUCAGUUCAAGAUUGACCUCGAAGGGAGCCGAAAUAUUGCCACCCAUCAAAGGUAUUACCUUCCACAAAGGGACAAGUUCUUUUGAUACCUUGAAAGUGGUAUGCAAGACCUCGGAACAAGCCUUAGCUCUUUCACAGUCUCAAGAAGGAAGGUUACAUGGACUAUCUCCUGGAGCAGCUGUUGCUCUUCCGCUGAACAUAACAAAUCUGCCCAAAAUCGAGGGAGAAAUCUAUUGCGGUCUACCUUUGUCGGUUCCUAGCUUACUCCCAAUGCACAUAAAUGGUAGUUUUGCCAUUAAUGAAGAUCGAAGGAGUUUACAGUCUCCAACACCUCAUGGGAUGACCAUUUCUGAAAGAUGGAAUGAUAUAUUGCUCUCUGACAUGAUCUGUCGAGCGUAUGUCUCACUUCUAUCAGACAAAGAGUUCAUUCAACAAAUCAAGAAGUCGUUUGGAGAUGUUUCCCCAGAGUUGUUCUGGCCUGAUGUUGAGAAAGUGCAUGAGACAUCAGAGUGUUCUCGGCUGUUUAAUGCAUUUUACAAAGCACUUGUUUGUGGGUUAGAUGGCAUUGAACCAGCAGCCUUCUGGAAAAACGGUGAAUCUUAUCAGUUUCACAAUGUCAGAUUUCUUGGAGAAGACCUGCAGAGGGAAGAAGAAAUCAGGGAUGACUGUAUAACAAUUUUGACGACAUAUGUGAAGGAGCAAUGUGGCCCAAUGGUUGAAGUCAUAGAGCUAUCAGGGAAAACGUGGAGAUCACUUAAGAGGGUAGGAGUAUGUGGUGUAGUAGAGACUAGAACGUACAGUCUGAACAGAUUUUUUGAAGAAGCAUUCUUGCCACAUGUGGAUCAAGUGCCAAACGGUCUGAGAGAUCAUCUGAUUUUCUUUGCGCUCAGAACAGAAAGCAACCUGAACCAGAAACUUCGAGAUGUGAAAUGCAUUCCAGUCUUGGGAGAAGCUGAAUUGAAGCCACCAUGUGACUUAAUGAAUUACACUGACUCCAUACUCUGGAAGUUGUUUGAGUUUAAUGGAGUAUUUCCAUGUGCUCCAUUCAAUUCAGUCAAUAUGAUUACCGUUCUCGAGAGCCUUGGUAUGCGAGGACAGAGCAAAGUUACACCUGUCGAGAUAGUUUCCUGCGUUGAUCGCAUCGAGAAAUUGCAGUCUCUUGAAAUGGCUAGAGCUCUACUCAGUCUCCUCGAAAAUAAUCCUUUUCAUUUGAAUGGUAUUCUUCAAAAUGGAAAGACUAUAAGAGAAGUCGUCAUGAGCAAACAAUGUAUCCCAUGCAGACAGUCUCCACCAGAACAUUACCCACAAGAUAUUGAAUGGCAUGGCAAAACCUCGUCUCGACUGGCAACUCCUCAAGAGAUUCUGAUCGAAUCAAAGCAAGCUGCGCUAUCGUCUGGAGCUUCUAAAUCAUUUGUUUCCGAACAAGAUCUCUUUUCCAAAGUUUUUAGCGAGCUUGGAAUAACAUCCCAAAAGCCAGUGAUCGAGGAUGUCAUAACACAAUUAGAGCAUUGUGUUGAGUAUGCUAGAGAGAGAACAGGACGAGAUGUUAGCGACAUAAUACCUAUGCUCAAGGCGAUCUAUGGAUUUUUUAAUAAAGAAUUGGAAUUGGAACAUGAUUCACAUGUCAGGAACUUGAUCUUAGAUCGAGUGAAGUGUUGUGUGUGGAAUGGAAGUGGCUUUUCUGAACCAAGCAAGAUGUGUACAGGUGGUCUGCCAUUUGAUCUAGCCCCUUACAUGGCAUCAAUUCCCAAAUCAGCCUGUAUGUUUAAAGACUUGUUUGAAAGACUUGGAGUGAAGAGAAACAUGGACACAAACGCCGAAGCUCUGGUUGAAAUUCUACAUGACAUCAAGAGGGAAUGUAACUCCACUGGAGUUAGUAAAAGUUUCCAACAAAGACAGCGCCAACUUGUACUUCAGAUUCUUCAUCAUUUACAUGCUUCUGCUGAGCUCACGGAAGAUGCGAGGCUGCAAUUACUCAUACCAUCUAAAAGAGGGGAAUGCCAUCUUAUCCCCGUUGAAGAUAGUGCAUAUGUAGACAGGGAAUGGUUGAGACAAAGCACUGAAAAUGAGGAGAUGGAUGAUGAUGAAAACUUUACGUUGAUUCAUUCAGAUAUCCCAAUGGAGCUGAUUACAUUCCUACGAGUACGACCUGUCAGUCAACUUCUUCUUGACUCAGAGGAAUUGGAUGGUUUCACAGAAGCUGGCCAGCACGAACACCUGACUAUGCGCUUGUAUAAUAUCCUAAAGAACAACUAUGUCGAUACUGCUAUUGUUAGUGAGAUGAUACAGAAUGCAGAAGACGCUGGUGCUGAAGUAGUUCAUUUUCUUAUUGACAUGAGGAAAAAUGAAGAUGCAAACCAAAAGCUGUUCAAUCCUGAAAUGAUUUCUUGUCAAGGACCAGCACUCUGGGUAUACAACGAUGCAGUGUUCACAGACCAAGACUUUGAAAACAUUCUCCGUCUUGGCGGGCGUACCAAGGAAAAGGAUGCCCAAAAGAUUGGAAAAUUUGGGACUGGCUUCAACUCUGUUUACCGCAUUACUGAUGUUCCCAGUUUUGUUAGCAGAGAUUACAUGCAGUUUUUCGACCCUCAUACUACACACCUUGGCAACGUUCUCCCAAACAAGAACCAACCUGGUGUCCGUCUCAGAUUGAGUAAUAGCAAAGCACUCCGGAGAUUUCCCGAUCAGUUCAAGCCAUUCCAUGGAGUGUUUGGCAUUGAUUUCAGUGGAAAGAAUGAACCAUUCAACUACAGUGGAACGCUCUUUAGACUGCCUCUUCGUUCACAAGAAGCUGCGCAGAAAAGUCAGAUAUGCAAGGAGAGCUACAAUGGGGCGAAACUGAUCAACUUGAUGAAAAAAAUGUGGGAAUCAUCUCACAACCUCUUGGUGUUUACCAAAAAUGUCAAGAGGGUUGCUCUGUUUUUUCUUGAUGAGAAAUGUAGCGAUCCUUCCAUGGCUGAAGAGUUAUUUGCCAUUCAGAAGACCGAGCAGUCAAAUAGGAUGAAUAAUGACAACAUUGAAAUUUCAACAGAAUCCUUCAAAUUUACAAUGACUUCAAAGGGAAGUGAAGUGAUGGCUUAUGAACCAGAAGGUGGUAGAUACCUGGAAAAUGUCAAAGUUACCUGCAAGACCUCUGAUCAAGCUUCUGCUCUUGCGAGAUCUCCAGAUGGGAAAGAUUGUGGAUUAUCUCCUGAAGGUGCGGUUGCGUUUCCCUUCCACAAACCAUCAAUGUCUGCAUUUGAGAAAAAGAUAUAUUGCUUUCUCCCUCUCUCAAUAACAAGCAUGUUUCCAGUGCAUAUCAAUGGUGCCUUCGCUGUCAAAGAGGAUCGGAGGAGUCUUCACAUGCCAGUUCCCAAUGGAAGGCUGAUAUCUGAGAAGUGGAAUCACCUGCUUCUCGUUGAUGUGAUAUGCCGGGCUUACAUUGCACUCAUGUCUGACAUUGUGUUUAUUCAGCGUGUAAAGGAGGUUUAUGGUCCAGAUAUUUCCCCUGACCAGCUAUGGCCAGACACCGAUGAUGUUCCGAAGAAUUCUGAAUGUUCAGCAUUGUUUAAUGCUUUCUACAAGGCAAUGGUAAAUGGCUUUGAAGGUCAAGAACCAUCAAUGUUCUGGAUCGAUAACGAAAUGCAUCAGUUCUCACAAGUCGUUUUCCUCGGUCAAGAAGUCCAAAAGGAGACAUCAAUGAGGGAUAUUGUGAGAAAAGUUCUAAACGACUACCUUCCAUCAAAGCAAGUGAUGUCACUUACUGAUAAAACAUGGAGAGCACUAGAGAGAGUAGAUCUUCUUGACAGUGUUCUGAAAAGUACCUAUGAUUUCAAUAGGUUCUUCGCAGAAGCCUUUCUCCCACGAAUCAGUCAGGUGCAGAGUGACAUGAGAAAUCAGCUGGUUCUGUUUGCACUGAACAAACGUGAAGACACAUUGAAACAGAAGUUGAAAGAUGUGAAAUGCAUACCAGUAGUAGGGGGACCUGACCUUAGGAAACCUUGUGAUCUAGUACACCCGAGUGGUAAAGUUGCGCCGCUGUAUUCUGAGUCUGAUAAGGUGUUUCCCCUAGGAAACAUGUUCAAUGACACCAAGACACUAACAUCACUCACUCAGUUAGGAAUGAUAAAGGAUUAUAUUCAUGAGGAUGUUUUCCUUGAGAGAUGCAGAUCAGUUGACAUUCUUCAUUCAGUCAACAAGGAGGGGGCUCAAAGUAGAUCCCAUGCUCUACUGAAGUAUCUGUCGGAGACGUUGGGAAGGGGUCAUUGGACUUGGGACAGACAUUUCAAAGAACACCUUGUGAAAAUUCCAUUCUUACCUAUCUUAUGUGAGAGAAACCAAGACCCUGCUCUUCCAUGGAUGGAAACCAAUAACACCUGCCCUUAUGCAUCUGCUAAUGAUAUCUAUUCUCAUUCUAAGAGAAAUAUUGUGAGCAGUAUGUACAAUGUUGUGCACGAAUCAAAAGAUUGGAAACUUCCCUGGAACGUUGAGGACUUUCUUGGUAUCAGAGACAAAUAUCCCUCUACUGAAGAUGUAAUCCGGCAGUUUUCGAACAUUCGGAGUCAUUAUGAAAUGAAUAGUAAAUCCAUUUCUAAUCGUGACUUGGAAAUGAUAUGCAAAGACAUCUAUGAGCGUGUUGAAAUUACAUGUAGAGAAAGUGUUGUUGAUGGAAUUUCCAAUGAUCUGCAGAAUCAACCAUUCUUCCUUGUAGAUAGCAGGUUUGUUGAAAUUUCUGUGAUUGCCGAUAAAAACAGCCUUCCGCCGUAUCUAUUCGAAGCUUCUCGUUUCCUUAAACGAUAUCCAAGUCUUCUAAAACAGGCAGGAUUGAAGAAUGAGUUUGAUGCCAGAGACUAUGAAGGUGUUCUUCAUUUACUGUACAUGAAGAGUAAUGGGCAACCAUUAAGUAAUGAUGACACGGAGGUGGCUAUCUUAGCUGCACAACGACUUUCAGGUUUACCCCACGGAGAAGAAGAACAUGCAGAUACAUUUCUCCCAGAUGAACAGAACUGCAUGAGGCCUGUAUCAAAUCUGUGUUACAGAGAUGUGGAUUGGUUUGAAAAUGAUGAAAUUGAACUUCAUAGGUGUCAUACAAAAAUCAGUUUCAUGGUCGCGAGAAAGCUGAAGGUGAAGGAUAUUCGACAACAGAUGCUUCAGGCAUUUGAUAUGGAUUUCCCAGGAGACGAAUUCGGCCAACAUGAGAAACUUACAACCCGCAUCAAACGUAUUCUCGACUCUUACCCAUCCGAUGAAACAAUACUGAAAGAACUUCUUCAAAAUGCUGACGAUGCUGGAGCUACUGAAAUCCACUUUGUGUACGAUCCUCGGAAACACAAGGGACACAAGCUUCUAGGAGAUGGCAUGAAAGCCUUGCAGGGUCCUGCUCUUUGUGUCUUCAACAAUCAGUCUUUCACCGACGAUGACAUUCGCGGGAUACAGAAUCUUGGAGAAGGAAGUAAAGCUGACCAUAUGGGAAAGAUUGGGCGUUAUGGAGUAGGAUUCAAUGCAGUAUAUCAACUUACAGAUUGUCCUAGUUUCAUCUCCAAAGGUGAUCGAUGGUGUAUGUUUGACCCUCUUCUGAAGUAUGUUCCAGGAGCAAACCCAACACGACCAGGUCGUCAGAUCAAAGUUAAUAGCAGUGUGCGUCGUUCUUACCCACAUAACUUUCAGUGCUAUAUGGAAGACAUACUCACAGGUGGAGAAGAGGACUUCACCAUUUUUCGUUUUCCAUUGCGACAAGAAGCUUCAACCCUAAGCCCCAAUGUCUGGCAAGGUGAACGUAUUCGGAAGCUACUUAGGGACUUCGAGAAUGCGGCAUUUGAAUGUCUUUUGUUUCUGAAAAACGUAACUAAAAUCAGCAUCUCAGAGGUAACAAGUUCAGGAGUUAUUGGAUCUACUCACAUUGUCAGUGCAGAAAUGACUCGAAGUGAAGGUGAGAAGAAAAUGGAUUUUCUACAGAAAGUUCAGGAUAUUGCCUUGACUAAACAAGAUGAUGGAACCUUGGAAUCAGAACAAGUUGACGUCAUCUACCAGAUGAAAUUGAAAGGGGUACAAAGAGAAGAGGAUUGGGUGAUAUGCCAGCAAGCGAGUUAUUCAGAUGCUGAUGAACAACACGCAAUGAAAAAACAUAGGUUACUUCCAGUUGGAGCUAUUGCUGCUCGUCUACCUGACAGAAGAAGGGAAAAUAAUGGUAAAAGAAGAGGGGAAAUCGAUGGUAAGGCUUUUUGCUUUCUACCACUCCCUAUUCAGACGGGACUUCCGGUUCAUGUGCAUGGAUACUUUGCCUUGGACCAUGAAAGCAGAAGACACUUGUGGGAAGGUAGCAAGACAGAUCAGCAAACAGAGUGGAACCUUUACAUUACUCAGAAAGUUAUUGCACCUGCUUACGUAAAGUUGUUGUCAUGGAUUCAGAAGUUUUUCAUAGAGAAAUAUGACUUGUCAGGAUCACUGGCAAGUAAAAACAAGUUUCAGACCUUAAAUCUCCUUCACAAGUACCAUAGCUACUUUCCUGACACCGGAAAGGGAUCGUACUGGAGAAAACUUCAAGAUGCUAUGUUUGAAAUUGUUGUUGUGGAAGCCUUACUGCUGUUUCCUUCACUCUAUCGAAAGGAUGAUGGCAGAAAUGACCUUUUCUUGAGUUGGAAAACGCCCAUCUCGUCUCCGAAUGCGUCAGAUCUUGGAUAUUUCAACACACUGUCAAAUCACGUGACUGGCCACUGCUCAGGUAGCAUGUACGGCUAUCCCAAGAGGUCUGAGAUUCAAGAAAGCAUCAAAGAGCUGAAAGAGACCCUGAUUGAAGUGACAUUCCCGUUAAUAGAAUCUCCAAUAGAGAUAAUGCACAAUUUGCGUGACGUAUGCAAACAUCUUAAUCAAAAGGCAAUCGAAAGUGGGCGAGAAGCAGACUAUGAAGUUCGUGAAGUUACACCUUCCCAUGUGAUAUCUUUCCUUUGUGGAGACAAUUCCCUUCAGAAGCAGUUACCAAUAGCAAUUUCAAAGUCGAGGAUCCACAACAAAGAAAGAUUGAAUGGACUUAUCAACUACUGCGAGAGGAGUAAAGAACCUAACUUUAAAGAAAGUCUCCAUGGUCUGCCGUUGCUCUUAACCAUGGAUGGAACAUUACGGAAGUUCUCACGUGACGAUCAAGUAUUUGCAACAGAAUUCUGUGAUCUUUUCAGGCCUCAGAGUCAUAGGUUCGUACACAUUGAUUUCUUACAAAGGUUGUCACAAAAAGCUGAUGUGUUUUGUAAGAUUGAUGUGAGAGCGGUAUCCAAGCUUCUUGAUGGUUGCUUUCCGUUUCUCAAGUACACAGCGAAUAAAAUGCUAACUCCUCGCACCUGCCAUCCAUCAGAAUGGUUUUGUAGGUUAUGGAUUCUACUUGAAUCGUUGAGUAAAAAUGAUGUACACUUCAAUGUCUUCGCUAACAAACUAAAAGUUGAACUUAAAAGUUGGGCAAUAUUGCCAGUCACAGAAAUCAAGCCAAAGGAUAGCAGAAGUAAUCCCCAUCAUGUUGUCAAGCAGGUAGCUCCUAUUAGCUUAUCUUCAACGGUUAUAGAUCAGCCAAGCCAGUCGACAAAGGGUUAUUGGCCAAUAUAUUCAGCACUUGAAUCACUUAAUGUCUACAAGAUUGAAAAGUCUGUUCUAGAUGAAGACAAUCGUAGACUGAUACACCAUCUUGUCCUUCAUGAGCACAUGGGGAAUAGUGCAAGGGUCCUAGAUGCUUUGAUGUACUGGGUAGAUAGAGACCCUACAAGAUUCCAAAUUCUGAAAGAAGAACAACAUUCAGAAAUCCUUAGAUCAUUUUGCUAUUGUGAUGACACAGCUGAUCUUAUAAGAGUGAAGCACCUUCCUUGCUUCAAGACCAUUGGAGGCGACUUUGUCCGUAUCAGGGAAUUUGACACAGUCCUUGUUCUCCCAAGUAAGAUUCCUGAAAAGGAACAAGAUAAAUGGAUUGAUGGGUCUGGUGCUAUAUUUCUGCAGGACAAUCAGUCACUUGAACCAUUAUACAAGAAGCUAAAGCUUACUAAUACAACGGAGUUUGAUGUGUACAUGAAGUACAUUUUGCCGGCCUUCGGUCAGCUCAGCGAGGAGAGUCGUCUUAAACAUCUCUUACGAAUCAAUCAGCUGCUUCAUUCUCUACCCAUUCCUCAAAGACAGAAUUAUACGGAUAUUAGGGAAGCAGCGAUUCGGAGGUUAGGAUUGAGAGACCUGCGUUUCAUAAAUGGUACGUCUGGAAACGUGCUGAAGGCCAGUGACCUGUACGACCCAGAAGUCGAGGUAUUCUACUUGAUGUUAAAGGGCAAAUUUCCUUCAAAACAUAUCAUAAAGCCAUUGGGGCUUGCAUUCCUUCGUGAAAUAGGACUACAAACCACCGUUACUGCAGACUUGUUCCUUUUGUUUGCCCAUCGGGUGCGGGAAUCAUACCCCGAUGCCAAAGAUAUGAAAAUCAAGUCCACUGCACUCGUGUCAGAAUUGGUCGAGAACUGUAACCUUCACAAAAGCUAUUCCUUUUGCCAGAAAGCCAGUGUGAUUGACUUUCUUGUUACUGACAGGAUUGACCAACAAUUAGAAUCCAUUCACUCACCUUUCAUCAAGGAUGGAACACUCAUUAGGUAUUCUAGCUCAUUAUCCUCUCAACACACGAAACUGAUAUGGUCUACUAACAGCAUCUUGCCAAAAUAUGCCGCCAACAGGCAAUGCUGGUCUUGUAAAACCCAACUUAAUGAUCAGCUGGGCACGGCAAAAGAGCCUGCACUAAACAUUGUUAUCCAACAUCUGCAGAAUAUAUGCAACAAACUCCAACAGAAUAACACCAAAAAGCUAUCCUUCUCAGAAGCUCUAUCCAGGGUGCUACAUGAAAUAAUGACCUUCCUUUCUUCCAAGUGUACAGGGAAAAGCUGCUCUAAGGAAGAUCCAUGUGAAAGAUGCUGUAUCAUUAGAGCGAAAUUGCCGAAUGUUCCAAUUGUCUUUCUAGAGCUCGAGGAUGAACAUCGCUUGGUGAAAGCAGAGCAGAUCUCUCGUACUUUGGAAGGGAAUUUCGAGCCUUUUCUUUACCAGUUGCCUGACAAGUGGGUUCCUUUCUUCAAGUUAUUUCAGUUGCUUGGUGGAACAGGCAAAGCCUCCAUUCGACAAUAUGCUUCCGUUCUCAGAAGUAUCUAUGAAAGAGGGGAGAAUGCAUGGGGAAACCCAAAUGUAGUAAGCAUGGUAGAGAAGGCAACAUCCGGACUGUAUGAAGAGCUUAGGAAGACAGAUGAAAGGCAGGUAGCAGCUUUAUUUCAUUCUGGACAAGUCCUCUACCUUCCAUCAUGUCAUCAAAACUUGGAACGAUCAGAUCAGCUACUACUUAACGAUGUUGACCACUAUUUACGCCGACUUCGUAAAUCUAAGCUUCCCCUCAUCAAGUUCUUUCAAGGUCAGGAACGCAUUGCACAAGAAGCUAUAGAUAGGCUUCCAGAGACGAUGAAACCGACAUCAGUAAGCACGAAGGUGAAAGAAAUACUUAGCAAGACGGGGAAUGGGUCGCAAAGGUGUCUUCUAACUGGACAGGAACCUUGUGAAUUUGCAAGAAGACUUCAGAUCCUGCAAUCGAAGGAAUUUUUGCAGGCAGUUUGUAUCAUCAUGAAGCACAAGGGACAAACAGUUGAUGAGGAAACCAAGACACGCCUUAGAAACUUGUUGAGUGGCCUGAAGAUAACAUGCAUGCAGCAAUUACACUCGAUUCUACAAAUCAAUGGUGAAUACAUAGAAGGCAGUGAAACGGAAGUACCUUCCUUCAUCAUGUCCAUUAACAGUGACGGUGAGCUGUUUGUACAACACAGUGAAGGAGAAAAUAUAAUGGAAACACUCUUAAGUGUUGCGAUUCAUGUCAAUCAAGUCCUGGGAAACGUGUUUGAAGAUAAAACCUACUUAUCUGCCCUAUUAUCCCAGAAAUCACCUUCUACCUUACACAAAGUACUUGCUAAGUUCAACAUUGCUGCAGAGAGCAUGGAAGAUGAUACAAGUUUCAAGCUACCUGAUCCUGGAACUACCAUUCCAGAACAUUUGUAUCAUCUCAUAGAGCAAGACCCCUGGACGUCUUACAGUGUUGAUGAUUUCAUAGCGUAUGCACAAACUGAUGAAGAUGGCGAAUACUACAUAUAUGCAAUAGUUGUCAAGAGGAUAUCCAACGAAUCACUCAAUUCUGUCUAUCUUAUCAAUAUUGGAAAGGACAAACCAAUAGAAGCAAAUGUGUUGGACACGCAUAAGAUACACAUACCUAAGUCCACAUCAGGUAUGGAGCUUGUUCUAUCUGAAAAAGUUCACUCGGAUGAUGCAGGACCAUCUCUCACUGGGAAUCGAGAAUCAUCUUUUCCAACUGACGUGGAACAAGCGAAGCGACAAGUGACAAUCGAAUUGGAGGAGAUCUGGAAGCUUCCAGAGGAACAUAGAAGGAAGGCUAUUCGGCGAAUGUUGUUGAAAUGGCAUCCAGACAAACAUCCAGAAGGUCCGCAGGAACUAUUUCAUGAAGCGUUUAAAUACCUCCAAAGUGAAUUGCAGCGAUUAGAAAAAGGUAUUUCAAGAACAAGUUCAUUUUAUGAAGACCUCUUCAGAUCAACUGAAAAGAGAGCAAGGGAAGACCGUCGGAGGUAUACUCACUUCGGAGGAUUUUGGGGAAGAGGUGGUUUCAGAGGACGAGGGAGCUUUGGAUCUGGUUUCUGGAAUUGUGGAAGCGACUACAGUUCUUUUGAGGAUUUCUUCACUUCUGCUUCAAGAACACCAGAUAUCCGCAAUGCACGCCGUUGGUUUCGGCAAGGACAAGAAGAUCUUCGUGCUGCCCGACAUGAUCUUAACCCACACGAUGACGAGCCGUCAUUAGAAUGGGUUGCUUACAAGUGUCAUCAGAGUGUAGAAAAGGCACUCAAAGCAGCUAAACUAGCCAUUGAUGGACAACAUGACCACACUCAUUACAUUUCCUCUCUAGCCUUUCAAGUUGAAGGCAAAAUAAAAUCGGUUGAUUUUCUACAGAAUGUGAACAAGCUCAGUUCUCUUGUAAAUGAUCAACGGGCUCGUUACCCAGACAGAUGUGCCUCUUCACAGAUUCCUCACGAAGUCUUUAGAGAGAAGUCACGGGGUGUGGAAAUGAUGGACCUCGCCCGACUAAUUCUUGGAAAUGUUCAAUCCUUUUUGCUUCCCAGAUCCUGAAAUGGUAAUUGCAACUGCUUCAUCUUGAUCUGUCUUUUCCACGGUCCUCUUGUUGCUUUCUUACAAGCAGUCCUCCUAUCUUAGCAAUCAAUAAAAAAAAAAUCACCACCAUUUACUUAUUGCUUUCCAAAUCAUGAAAUGUUAUUCGACUGCUUCAUCAGGGUUCGCAUUAUCCACGUGGUCGCAAAAUUUGAAUGGAAAAGUUUU